GGUCCCGGGCUGAGCGGCCUGGACCGCAGUCCCGCCUCCAGCGUCGCCUGCGGUCAGCGCGUGGCACUCCUUUCCAUCCCAGUGAGGGUCCCACCUCUGCGACCCUGCUGGCUCCUCAGGGAGGGUAGAAGCCCGUUCUCCUCCUGGAGCGCGAGUCACAGGCCUUGGAUGGAAGGAGGGUCUCUGCCUCCUAGGCCAGCUCUGGCCCCCAACCACCCAACUCUGAAUUCUCCACCCAGGCUGGAGGAGGACUGGAAAGGCCGGGCUCAGCAGAGAUGACCGAUCCCUUUUGUGUUGGAGGAGGCCGCCGGGUCCCAGGAUCCAGCAGGAGCGGGCCUGGGAAGGAUGGCAGCCGGAACGAGGUCCGACUUCCUGUGCUCCAUGAGCCCCCAAAGCUGGGGCUGCCAGUGGUCCGGGCUGGGCAGACGGUGCCCAGCCAGGCCGCACUCUGCUUUGACCUGGAAAGUCCAGCUGGCGACAGGACGGAAGGGAAGAAAAAGGGGCGUCCAAAAGCCGAGAAUCAGGCACUCCGAGACAUUCCCCUCUCCCUGAUGAACCAAUGGAAAGACGAGUUCAAGGCGCACUCGAGAGUAAAGUGUCCAAAUGCUGGGUGCUGGCUGGAAUUCCCCAGCAUCUACGGGCUUAAGUACCACUACCAGCGGUGCCAAGGGGGUGCCAUCUCAGAAAGGCUGACCUUUCCCUGCCCCUUCUGUGAGGCUGCAUUCACCUCCAAGACCCAGCUGGAGAAGCACCGGAUUUGGAACCAUAUGGACCGACCCCUGCCUGCCCCCAAGCCUGGGCCAGUCAGCCGGCCAGUCACUGUCAGUCGGCCGGUUGGGGUUAGCAAGCCCAUUGGAGUAAGCAAACCUGUCACUAUCAGCAAGCCCAUUGGCAUCAGCAAGCCAGUGACAGUCAGCCGGCCUGUGCCAGUCUCCAAACCAGUGACAGUCAGCCGACCCAUGCCAGUCACCAAACCAGUGACGAUCAGCAGGCCCGUGCCAGUCACUAAAGCUGUCCCGGUCACUAGGCCCAUACCAGUCAACAAACCUAUACCAGUCACCAAAUCUGUACCAAUUGCCAAGCCAGUGACAGUCAACAAACCGGUGCCAGUCACCAAACCAGUGACUAUCAACAAGUCAGUGCCGAUGACAAAGCUUGUAACAGUUACAAAACCUGUGCCAGUUGCGAAGCCAGUGACAGUCAGCAGACCCAUCGUGGUCAGUAAGCCAGUGACGGUCAGCAGGCCCAUUGCCAUCAGCAGACACACGCCACCCUGCAAGGUGGUUCUGCUGACCAAGUCUGAGAACAAAGCUCCUCGGGCUGCAGGGAGGAGCAGCGGUAAGAAAAGGACUGCGGAUGGCCUGGACGCCUGCCCCAUCCCACCCAAGCAUGCGAGGCCAGAGAACGGAGAGUAUGGCCCAGCCACCCCAGAGCAGAGCUCGGCCUUCCAGCUGAGCACAGACCCCAGCAGCAGCCCCCUUUCUCUGGGCAGCAGACCCUCAGGGGGCAAGGAGGUGCCAAGGGCUCCAGGCCCCGGGUCCCCGCCUGAGGAGGGUGCAGAGCGCAUAAAGCACAGAAGGAAACAGAAAACACCCAAGAAGUUUACGGGUGAGCAGCCGUCCAUCUCAGGGACUUUUGGACUCAAAGGGCUGGCCAAGGCAGAAGACAAAGCCCGCAUCCAUAGGGCCAAGAAACAGGAGGGCCCGGGCCCUGAAGACACGCGGAAAAAGGGGCCAGCCCCCACCAGCGCUGUCAACAAGGAGGUGCCAGCUCCUAUGACCCACCAAGCCCCAGGUAGCCCUGAGGAGCAGUGGCAACGGGCCAUCCACGAACGGGGGGAGGCUGUCUGCCCCACCUGCAAUGUGGUCACCCGCAAGACCCUCGUGGGGCUUAAGAAGCACAUGGAAGUGUGUCAGAAGCUGCAGGAUGCACUGAAGUGUCAGCACUGCCGGAAGCAGUUCAAGUCCAAGGCCGGCCUCAACUACCACACCAUGGCUGAGCACAGCACCAAGCCCUCUGAUGCCGAGGCCUCGGAGGGGAACGAGCAGGAGGAGCGGGAGCGGCUGCGGAAGGUGCUGAAGCAGAUGGGCCGGUUGCGCUGCCCCCAAGAGGGCUGCGGGGCCGCCUUCUCUAGUCUCAUGGGCUACCAGUACCAUCAGCGACGCUGUGGAAAGCCGCCCUGCGAAGUGGAAACCCCGUCCUUCCCCUGCACCCACUGUGGCAAGCCCUACCGCUCCAAAGCAGGCCAUGACUACCACGUGCGCUCAGAGCACACAGCCCCGCCCCCUGAGGAGCCCUCUGACAAGGCCCCUGAGGCUGAGGACCCGCUGGGUGUGGAGCGGACUCCCAGCGGCCGUAUCCGCCGCACGUCGGCCCAGGUCGCUGUGUUCCACCUGCAGGAGAUCGCAGAGGACGAGCUGGCCCGAGACUGGACCAAGCGGCGGAUGAAGGAUGACCUGGUGCCCGAGACCGCACGGCUCAACUACACGCGGCCAGGCCUUCCUGUGCUGAACCCCGAGCUGCUGGAGGCAUGGAAGAACGAGGUCAAGGAGAAAGGCCACGUCAACUGCCCCAACGAUUGCUGUGAAGCCAUCUACUCCAGCGUGUCCGGCCUCAAGGCCCACCUGGCCAGCUGCAGCAAGGGGGACCACCUGGUGGGGAAGUACUGCUGUCUGCUGUGUCCCAAGGAAUUCAGCUCCGAGAGCGGCGUCAAGUACCACAUCCUCAAGACCCACGCGGAGAACUGGUUCCGCACUUCGGCAGACCCGCCUCCCAGACACAAGGGCGUGGACUUCCCCGUGCCCAGGAAAGAGAAGAGUCCAGCCGGCGGGAAGAAGCGGGGCCGCAAGCCCAAAGAGCGGCCCUCCGAGGAGCUGGCCCCCGGGACGCCUCCCCGCCAAGACGACUGGCCACCAGCAGGCAGAGACAAGGGGGCCCGGGGCUCCACUGGCCGGAAGGUGGGAGCCGGCAAGGCACCUGAGAAGUGAGCUUGGAGCCUGGCAGGUGGGUGGGGCCCGGCCCCCACACUGGCCCGGCCCCUGUGUCUGGGGUGGGGCACCAGAGCCUCCUGCCCUCCAGGUCUCCACCCCUACCCCGCCUGUUUGUCUGUCCAGCAGCGGUGGGCAGCCCUCUCCUCCCUGAAGGCAGCCCCUUCCCAUGCAGGCUGCCGCAGGAUGCCCUGGUCUGGGGCUCCCAGGAGGACCGGGCAGCUAGGGAGUGCAAUAGUCUGGAGGGACCAUCACGGGCAGUGGGGGAAGGGCUACAGCCUGGGCUUCAGGUGCAGGCACUGCGGAGCAGGCAUAUGGCCUUCUGGCCCUUGGCACAUGAGCUCCAUGCCCCAUCUGCUUUGAGUUCAAGGCUCAGAGGGUCCCUGGGUAGCCCGUUGUUCUGGGCUGAUGAGGAUACCUGAGCGGCCUCGCCUCUUGACCCGACACUGGAACCCCAGCACCCCCAGCUACCUCCCAGGACAGACCCCAAGUCUGACAACUACCGUGCUGACCUGAUGGCCCACCCCACCUGUGCCCCGCUGCCUUCUGGUUCCUGCACUUCUGCGCUCUACCUCUCUAGGCCCACCCUCCCUUGCUGUGCAACCCCUGCUGUGCUCAGGCCCCUGCCCCACUGGCCUGUGUCCAUUGUGAUGGGGGAGGCUGUCUUGCUCCACUGUCUCCAGUAGUGCUCCCUGCUUGAGGCCAGCAGAGGCUCUUCUGCCAUCGCAGAACUGCUGAGCAGGGCUGAGGGGCUGCGUGAAGCGAGCUCUGGCCUCAGCCUCCAGCUUCGCUAAUGCCACUGGCCUAAUCACAUAGCCCAAUGGAUUUAGGGAGGGCCAGUCUGAGUUCCAGGGUCACCUGGGGCCCACAGGCCUGUGGAGUGGGGACCUGGGGCCUGGCUUAAGUAGUGACCACUGUGGGAAGCAGCCUCAGUCUGCUGGCCUGGGUUGACCCACGGCCAAGCUCCCGUGGGAGCCUCCUUCCUCCUUUUUUACCUGCUCUUUCAUUUCUGGUUGUGUGGCCUUUUGAUGUGAGAGCCAAAGGCCAGGGUGGGAACUUGGUCGAGGUCACAUAAGUUGGUGGCAGCGCCAGGGCUCUGUCUUGGCUCCCUUUGGUGCCCUGAGGACAGCGAGGUCUGUAGGUUGGGCCAAGUGGAGUCCAGGGCACUGAGGAUGCAGCCACACCUUCCCGCCGUGGCAUUGCUGGGGCAGGGAGGGUUUCAGAGCUGUAGGCUUGGACGGAGGCUGUUUUCUACUGGGGGGUGGGGGUGGGCUGAGGGCUUGGCCUUGCCGAUCCUGGAUGAUGUGAAUUUUGAUAUUUGCUUGUGUGCGUGUGUCUCCUGGGUGUAGUGGAUGCCAGUCUCGUUGCUGUGACAAGUAACAAACCUUUUUUUUAAUUCUGUUUUUUAUACAAAAACUCACCACAAUCUAACAUUUUGGUGCUAAGGGUUUCCUGGUGCCGACGGUGGAUCUAGGGGCUGGGCUGGGGUCCCUCCCCUGCUCAGGGAGGCAGUGCUAACUGGGCAUGCCUGCCCCCAGGCUCCUGUCCCCAUCUCACCCCUGGAGAGGAGGGUCCAGUGUGGGCUCAGCUCUCCUCACCCUGCACCAGGGAGACGGCUGCCAGGAGGCUUGGGGGCCGAGGCGCUAUACUGCCUGUUUCUAGCUUCUUCACUUGACCCGAGUGCUCUGACCCUGGGCAGUCCUGGCUUGUGUGCUGGGGGGGGAUGUGGAAAUGUGGACCCCCCUACUCACACACACCUGAUCUAAUCGGCAGGUAGAGGCCUGGGCAGGGGCAGGAAAUCCAGCAUUAGAUAUUGAGGCAGGCAGCACAGCUUCAGGCAGGAGGGCUUUCCUUCUUGUAUUCCUGGGUAUCGCUGGUGUAUGGCUGGUGGAGGUAGAGGUGGGUGGGCAGCCACUGGAGGGGCAGCUAUGGGAGGGUGCCGGGGAAUAGGCGCUGGUGGGGCCCCACCUGCACUUUGUCCUUGUCAUCGAUGGCAGGAAGAGGUUGGACCUCAGCACCUCGGCAGGGGAUGGCCGCCUGGCCGGCCUCUCAGGUACUUGGCCCUUGGGGUGUGGGGGCUGGUUUUGGUUGGGGGAUUAGUUUCACUGUCACCCCUGCCGUCCACCUGCGAUCUCUGAUGUGGGAACCUCACCGGAUGUGUGGGAAGAAGUGGGGUCCUGGGUAACUUGAUGUUUAGCACUUUAACCCCCUUCUUUGUCUUUAAGGCGUGGGGACUGCUGGGUGGGGACCCCUUUCUCCUCUUCCCCUCCCCGCUCGUCCAUGCUGGUGGGUGGCAGUGACAAGCUGGUCUGUAGAGCCCUCCUCCCAUGGCAGUGGAGCCCUUGGUGGCUUGGUGGAAUCUGUCCACGUCCUAUUCUGUUGGGAGUGCAGCCUGGUAGUCACCCAGCCUUGAUUGACACCUUCGGUGAGAGGGACCCAGUGGCAGACAACCCCCUCUGUGUGGUGGGCAUGGACCCUGCCUGAGACCCCAGGCCCAGGGCACAAUGCCAGGUCCCUUUCUAAAGAUCUACCUCUGGCCCAGCCCACCUCCCUUGCCCUGAGAACAGGAAAGGGUUGACUCAAGGGACCGAAACUUCACACAAAAUAGGAUGCACUUUUUUUUGCUCAUGCAAGGGCAGAUGAGUGUCCCCUGGUGUGACUGAUAGCCCUCCUGGCUGUAGCCCCCUCCUGUCCCUUUGGUUUGGAAGGGAAAGAAUGGGUGCACCCUGACCCACAGAGGGGAGGGCUGUCCCUGUGUGUUGUCCUCCGUGGGCCCCAGGCAGCUGUCCUGAAGGCCUGGAGUUCUGGAGGAGCCAGCACCUCCUGCCUGUACUUUGGGUUUCUUGGUUUGGGUUUUUUAAUGCCAGUUCUCCGUAUUAAGUGCAUUUUGAAAGAGAGGUUCCAGCUAUCACUUGUAACCAUAUAUAUACAUAUAUAUUCUAUCUACAAAGUGUUUAUUUGCAAGAUGUUUUUGACGGUGAGCUUGGGCCCUGCCCGCCUUGUGACCAUCUGUCCCUGGUCCUCGUCCCCGCCCCGGUCCCGGGAGUGGCUCGGGGCGGGCCAUCAACUGUAUGUAUUAAAAAUAACUGUAUCAAAUAAAUGUUUAUUGAUUUUU